AUGGCCGACCAAAAGGACCCCUUUCAGGUCCUGUCAAGUGUGAAUCGCGGUGCGAGCAUCACCUUGACCUCGGUCUCCCUCCUGAUCGUGGCCAUUAUCUUCGUGGCCGCCAAGUUCGGGUCUGCGAUCUACUUCAAGCAGAGACGGACCGCUGUCAAUACUCCCAUUUGGGUGGCUUUGAUUCUUGCCAUCAUUCAGGUCGUUCUUUUACAGAAGGCUGUGGACCAUGGACUGGGAAAACACCGGAACGGACUUGGCGAUGGCGAUAUCCAGGCCUGGAGCAAGUUCGCAUAUGCUGCGCAUAUUCUGCGGAUCGUUGUGAUGUCGCUUUCGAAGAUGUCGACGAUUCUGCUGAUUUGGAGGUUAACGCCGAGUAAAAGCCUACGUCGCAUCUGUGCUGGUACCGCUGGGGUUGUCAUGGGGUGGUCGAUCUUCGCGGUGUUGGGGAUAGCAUUUCAAUGUGAGAUGCCUGGUCCGUGGCUGUACUCGCCCGAGCGAUGUGCUGGGGAGGGUGCCAUAUUCUACCCGAUCGCAGUCCUCAACAUCCUCACCGAGGUCAUCAUCGUCGUCCUACCCUUCAUCAUGAUGCUCAACGUCCAGAUGGCCUGGCACAAGCGAGUGAAGAUCCUGUGCUCGUUCUCCGCGCGCUUAAGUAUCGUUGGACUCGGAAUUGCCGACCUCGCCCUCGUCCCCUCCUUCAGCCACUCAACCGACGACUCCUGGGACAUUGUGAACUGGGAAAUAAUCGCCCAAACCAUGAUGCUCACCACCGUGAUAAUCGCCUGUGUCCCGACCCUCUACCACAUUUUCGCCGGCCUGCACUCGGGCCUAACCACAACGCAAAUCUCCGAUGGGAUCGGCCUCGAACUUCCGCAGACCAAGGCAAGCGGGUAUAUGCACCAGUCUUCCUCUGGGGCAAGUCAGUCACACUCACGGUCUCGGUCGCGCGGUCGCUCGAGGAAGAACGGGCGGUCGAUGUUCGAUGGGCGGAAUACGGAUCUGCUGGUUACCACGGAGGUUACCACGGGUGGGGAUCUGGAUCGCGGUGAACCAGAGAGACAGUCGAGCUCGAGUGAAGGGGCAGAGAGUACGAGGCAUUUGACGCACGAUAUGGAGGGGAAGGGGGGCGUGCUUAGGACUGUGGAUGUCACAGUGAGUGUUGAGAAACAGGAUGAUCGGGACAGACUUUAA